GCCACGCAGUUUUUCUCUCGCCGCCGCUAGGGUUUCCUCGCGGCGUGCGAGACCCUCGCCUAGGCGCCUCUCCCUGUUUCUUCAGGGCUUUCCCCCUGUUUUCUUCUUGUUUUCUUUCCAUGGCUCUUUCGUGUACAUUGGCUUGGAAUUAUCGCACUUUUGGUGAGAUUUACUCGGUCCUUGAGUCAAACCAAUUUGGCCUCCAACAUAUGCCAAACACUAUCCUGCUCCCUGCAACAAACCAACCGGGGAUGGAGAUGAAUUUGUUUCGAAUAGAUCUCGAGUUGGAUCACGUUUCUGUGUGCAAUUGUGCAGAGAGAAGGGGCGGCUUGACUCUGCUUUGGAGUGAGGAGAAUAACCUUCAAGUUUCCUUUUUCUCGCCAUUGAUAGAUCUAGGGCUGGUUUUGCUGUUCUGCAGGCAAUUGUGCAUAGAGAAACCAUCUCACAUCGAUGUUGUAAUUGUAGAUCCAAGUGGUUGUCAAUGGCCAUCAACAGGGUAUUUUGGCCAACCAGAGAUGGUUUCUCCUAUGACUCGACGGCGUUUAGGCGAUUUCAAGGAUUUUUUUAGCAAAUCAACAAAGGAGAGGGGCUUUCUCAGAUUCCAGUUGAUUUCUGCGGGAGGGGCCAAAAGGAGAGAAUGCCGGUGGAGGUUGAUUGGAGACGUCGGAGGUGUUCUGCAAGGGGAGAAUGCCACUUCAAUCUCAAAAGGGGCUCUAGUUCCCUUAUUGAAAUUUGGCAACAAAGGCUUGCAAAGGAUUGGCAUAGUUAGGAUCAUGGUUGGGAGCCCAUGGCGACGAGGGAGGUGCCUGGGUUUGUAUGGAGGGGCUCUAGUUCCCUCUUGUUAAUUGAAACUGUUUUAGGGACGACAUAUAGUGGGCUGGGGACUGCUAAUGUCGAAUUUUCCCUGCUCUCCCCAUGAAGCUGGCUAAAUAGGUGAGGACGUCCAGUAGUUUCAGACACUCAUAGCGACCUCCUUUUCUACUUUUGUAGCCCUAUUUUGUCCCUUACAGUGAUUGUAGCUACAAUCUUAGUCACAGAUGGCCCUCUUUACUUAAUUGUCCAUAUAUGUCAUGGGCAUAGUUUAAAUCUGUUACUAAUGCUGUGAGUUAUGCUUCUAUCCUUAAUUUGGUUAUAAUGCCUUGCUAGAGAUUCAUCUGUAAUCUCUUUAUAUUUAAUAUAAUUCUCUAUUUUCU